AUGUCCUCUUCGAGCUUCUUCUGCCACGCGGGAUCCAUCUGCACCUCCGGGGGCGCCAGCGCUGGCAUCGCCACGAACUCCAGGUUCGGGUCACCGAUCAGCUUACGANAUGCCAGAGAUCUGACUAAUUAUAAGACAUUUAAGGAAAGCGAAGGAAAGCGCGAAGAAUUGGACCGAAUGUUGAUGGAGGAGAAGAAGAAGGCGCCCUCAAGGAUACCGUAUUUUGUGACCGCAUCUAAGGAAUAUCCAGGGAAGUUUUUGUUGUCAUAUCAGCCAAACAUGAAGUCGUUUCACGAGUACAUCACUAUUACACCCGACGGCUAUCGCUAUCGGCAGCAACCCUUCCGAUCUGUCAGUCAACUCUUCAAAUGGUUUAAACUCCACUUCAACGACAGGUCGACUUUCCCGCGAACACCAGUCGCCACUCCAUCGGUGGUGAGAACACCGGCCGGCAGUUCGUCGUUCAUCAACUCGACGGGCACUCCAAACAUCGACCCGCAGGCCAUUCAACGCGCGGCCGCCUCUAUGCCCACCCAUGUGUUCAACGCUCUGUCGCAAGUGGCCGGUCAGACGCCGUCGUUUGGAGGGGCGGCCCAACAGUUCGGAAGUGGCUCUCACUCGUCGUCAAUGGGGCCGCCAUUCGGUGGUCACUCGCGUGGCUUUUACGGCCAAAGCGGCGGUUCUCAAGCGACGCCUAUUAUGACACCAAAUAUGACGACUCCUCGCAAUUAUCAGGCCAAUACCCCCGGGUCUAUGCCCCCGCCCGCUAACAUACCCUCCCACCAAAGGCCCGGAUCUCGCAGUGGACAGCAGUGGGGAUCUAUUGCCGAGGGUUGGAAUCAGAAGCCAAAAGUGAAGGACAGGACUCCGCUGUACAACACUCCGGGCGCCUCCUCCCAGAUGUCUAUCAGUCCCAACACUAACACCCCUAAUGUCAGAGGAGACCAGACACCGCUCGUCGAUGAGUGGAAUUGAAACCUAUCUUUAAUUCAGUUUUUAAUAUUUUAAUCACAAAUACUGUACUUGUUUUAGAUUUCAUUAAAUGUAUGAAUCAUUAAAAUUAUAUUCAUUAAAAAA